UUCAAUUCUUAUGUCAGUGAAGAACUGGAAAACCUUCCUAAUCCACCAAAAGCAUCGGUCUACAGUGGAAGGGGAGACAUUUGGAGCCAGCAAAACCUCUGUAAUGCAGCAGUGAGGAAACGUCAUUUGACUCACUGAAGAAUUAAAACCGACAGCACCACAGAGCCGUGUGGGAGAAAAGGGGAUUUUAGACUCAAGUGACACAAUCAGGUCUUGAGAAGUAAAGAGAUUUGGAUGGUUUCUCACCAAAUGGAAGUUAUCUAGAAACCCUCUGAGACCACUGCCUCUCUCCAUCCCACUCCUGCUGCGCAGAGACGGUGCUGUCGGCCCUGGACGUUAAUAAAAUGCUGGAUUCAAUCAAGUGUGUCCUGGUGGGAGACUCCGCGGUGGGGAAAACAUCUCUCUUGGUACGUUUCACCUCCGAGACUUUUCCAGAUGACUACAGACCCACCGUAUAUGAAAAUACCGGAGUGGACGUCUUCAUGGAUGGUGUACAGAUUAGCCUAGGUCUUUGGGACACAUCUGGCAGCGAUGCCUUCAAAGGCAUUCGCCCCCUCUCAUACCAACAGGCAGAUGUGGUAUUAAUGUGCUACUCGGUGGCAAACCACAAUUCCUUUCUGAACCUGAGGAACAAAUGGAUCGGUGAGAUCCGCAGCCAUUUGCCCCGCAUCCCUGUUUUGGUAGUGGCCACUCAGACUGACCAGCGCGACACAGGGCCCUACCGUUCCUCCUGCAUCAGCCCGAUAGAUGGGAAGCGGCUUGCCCAGGACGUGCGAGCCAAAGGCUAUUUGGAGUGCUCUGCCCUCAGCAACCGGGGAGUGCAGCAGGUGUUUGAGUACGCCGUGCGGACAGCCGUCAAUCAAGCCAAAAGGCAGAACAGGCGGAAGCUCUUCUCCAUUAACGAGUGCAAGAUCUUUUGAGGACCGUCAGCAGUGGUUUUGCCCGCGUUCGUUCUGUCUGUCUUCGAACAAAGAUACUGCAGCAGAGAGAAUGGGAGGUGAAUCAAAGGAGGACUCCUGGCAGGACCACAGUGCAGGUGCCCCUAGUGAGACAGAUGUGCACUCUAUCUGAUCUGCUCCCCCCCAACACACACGGGCACUAUCUUGAAAAACAAAAUGUGCACGUACAUGCCCUUAUUCACAAGCCUGUGUUUGGACUUCGCUAGCCUGGACUGGAGCAGGCCUAGCCUGGAGAUCUGCAGAUAACAGCUGUGCUGAUUUUGUUGUUGUUUCUGUUGAUGUUCCUCAGUUGUUAUUUUGUCUGCAUUUAUUUAAUGACAAACUUCUGCCUGGAUCAGCUCCCACCUCUUGAAGUGUCUGUCCAUGUGGAGUUUUUUUUACUUUAAGAACUUAGUGUAUAAAAUCUAACUACUGUGUAUUCUAUUUAAAAGACUCUUGUAUAUGUUGUUGUAAAAUCCUGA